AUGGAUGGAGUCAUCAAGAGAGGACCCCAUGUCUCAUCUUGUGCCAGAAACUAUUUGGCUCUGGUCUUCGGUAUUCGUUCCCUCGUUGUUAUCACCAACACAUUCACCAUUUGGAAGGAUGACUUUCUCGAUCUGAAGUGUAAUUCCACCCGGGUGGGCUGUCACCACCAAUGUUAUACGCAGUUUUCACCUAUGUCGCCAUUUAUCUUAUUCAUACUGCAAAUCGUGUUCAUUUUCACCCUCUCGAUGGCAAACUAUUUAUACAACAGAGACAGUCUGUAUGUGUCACAGAACAAAGAAUGGAAAACAGGCUUUAUCAACAUGCUUGCCAAAAUACUAAUUGAAGGAUUCUUCCUGUUUUUGCAUCAUAUGCUCUACCCAAAUAUACUGAGGCCUCACAUAUUUGAAUGUCACAUAACUCCCUGUGAAAAGACUGUGGUUUGCACAAUGUUGAAAAGCCAACAGAAAGAUGUCUUUGUGAUGUGGAUGUACAUAUGUUCAUGUGCUUCUCUCUUGAUUGGGGUUAGAGAGAUAUACUCUUCAGUAGCAAAACAUACUUCUAAAAGCCGCAUAUAUUACCUGUAA